AUGCAUCUCAUGUACACGCUCGACGAGAACGGCAGCAGGAUCUACACGUUGAAGAAAAUAACCGACGAGGGCAAGAUCACCAGGUCUGCCCACCCAGCCCGGUUCUCGCCCGAUGACAAGUUCUCGCGCCAUCGGGUGACGAUCAAAAAGCGCUACAGCAUCCUGCUCACGCAGCUGCCCAGCAAACCGCUGUGA